AUGGCUGAUCAGAAGCUCCACCCUGUUGUCACCGUGUCCAACAUUAAGACCUUCGUUCGUGUUACCCUGGAUCACGAAGCCUCGGACUAUAACACUUGGUCCGAAUUGUUUCGGCUUCACUGCACCACAUAUCUCGUUGCUGAUCACCUCUCCCCUCGAACACCACCUGUUGCCACUGACAAAGAUAAAGAAAAAUCGACCUCUGGCUCUCCUUCAUCCCCGGGCGACUCUUGGGAGCGGCUCGAUGCUAUCGUUCUUCAGUGGAUGUACGGUACUAUCUCCACGGACCUUCUCAAGACUGUCAUCAAGACCCGAAUCACUGCGUAUGAUGCCUGGAAGGCCAUUAAGUCUCUGUUCCAGGAUAACAAAGCCACUCAUGCAUUGUUUCUGAAGUAA